AUGUGGCAAGAGUGGAGAAUUUGGGCAGGGGUACAGCAAGGUGUAAGAUACAACGCCGGGGGGGCUGAGGAGGUCGCAUUAGCCCCCAGCAGUGUACCCGAGCCGUCGGUGGGUACCAGCUUGACUAAUCUGCUGGAGGAGCCUCGCAGGCGUCAGUUGGCAGGAGGCCGCAUCCUGAGAGGGACCCGGGCUCGGCCAGCGGCCAUGGUGCAGGGAGGCCGCGGGCCGGGCCGGGCCGGGCCGGGCCGAGCCGAGCCCAGCGGCCGUCGAAGGCCGCCCCCAGCGCGCUGCCGCUUUGUCCUUGCUCGGCCCGGAGCACGCGCGUCCCCGGCCGCGGCGGGAGAGCGCCUGCGCGCCCCCCGGCCCGGAGUGAGGCGCGCUCCGGCGGCAGCCAGGCGGGAGCGAGCGCCACCUCUCCCCUCCCCCCACAACCCCGGCUCGCCAGGAGCUCCGCCGGCGGCGGCGUGGCAGCCGCUGCGGCGGGUGGAGGCGGGAGGCCGGAGGCUGCGGGCGCCCCCUCCUCAGCUCCCGCCGGCGCGCGCCCGUCGCCCCCCGCCCCGGCCCCCUGGCCCGCCGCGGGAGCCCGCGCCGCAGAGCGGGGCCCGCCAGCGCCACCCGCCGGCCGUGGGGCCGUACCGCGCCUCCCCCCGUCUCCCCCUGCUCCGGCUCUCAAUGUUCCACACUGCCCGGCCACAGAGCCGCCGCCGCCGCCGUAUAGCCCCCCGGCCGCCUCCGUCCCCUUCUCGGGCGCCGCGGGCCCGGCCCGGCCCCCCGCCAUCCCGCCCCUCCGACCCAGCAGCGGGACAGGACGCCGGCGAAGGUAAGGGAGAGGCGGGCGAGGCGGCUGCCGCGGCGGCUGGGCGAGCGCGGUGGGGGGAGGCGGGGAGGAGGCGGGGGGGCUGGUAG